AUGCUGUCCGGAAUCCUCAUCUUCAAUCAGAAGGGCGAGAACCUCAUCUUCCGCGCCUUUCGUAACGACUGCAGACCCAGGCUUGCCGACGUCUUCCGGAUUCAAGUGAUCUCGAACGCCCAAGUCCGGUCUCCAAUCCUGACCCUCGGCAGCACCACCUUCAGCCAUGUUAAGCACGAGAACAUCUACCUGGUCGCCAUCACCAAGAGCAAUGCCAAUGCCGCACUGGUCUUCGAGUUCCUCUACCGCCUGAUCGCGCUGGGGCGGGGCUACUUUGGCAAGUUUGAUGAGGAAGCUGUCAAGAACAACUUCGUGCUUGUCUAUGAGCUGCUCGAUGAGAUCAUUGACUUUGGCUAUCCUCAAAACACCGAAACCGACACCCUCAAGAUGUACAUCACCACCGAAGGCGUCAAGUCCGAACGCGCCGCCGAGGACUCGGCCAAGAUCACAAUGCAGGCAACAGGCGCGCUCUCGUGGCGCAAGGCGGAUGUUAAGUACAGGAAGAACGAGGCUUUCGUCGACGUGAUCGAAGACGUCAACCUCCUCAUGUCCGCCACGGGAGCCGUCCUCCGUGCGGAUGUCACCGGCCAGAUCGUCAUGCGCGCCUACUUGUCCGGUACGCCAGAGUGCAAGUUCGGUCUCAACGACCGUCUGCUUCUCGACAACGACGGGCUCUUGAGCCUACCGAGCGGUAACAGAAUGGGCACCAAGGCGACCAAGGCGGCGGCGGGUAGCGUCACUCUCGAAGACUGCCAGUUCCACCAGUGCGUGAAGCUCGGCAAGUUCGACAGCGACCGCAUCAUCUCCUUCGUUCCACCUGAUGGCGAAUUCGAGCUCAUGCGCUACCGCGCUACCGAGAAUGUCAACCUGCCGUUCAAGGUUCACGCCAUUGUCAACGAGGUGGGCCGCACAAAGGUCGAAUACAGCAUCGGCAUCAAGGCCAACUUCGGCUCCAAGCUCUUCGCCACCAACGUCGUCGUCCGCAUCCCCACCCCGCUCAACACUGCUAAGAUCACGGAGCGCUGCACCCAGGGUAAGGCCAAAUACGAACCUAGCGAGAACAACAUUGUGUGGAAGAUUGGCCGGUUUACUGGACAGAGCGAGUUCGUGCUGAGCGCCGAGGCUAUUCUGACGAGCAUGACAAACCAGCGCGCAUGGUCGCGGCCGCCGCUGAGCCUCAACUUUAGCCUGUUGAUGUUCACGAGUUCGGGCUUGUUGGUCAGGUACCUGAAGGUGUUUGAGAAGAGCAAUUACUCGAGCGUCAAGUGGGUGCGGUACAUGACGAGGGCGGGUUCCUAUGAGAUACGCUUCUAG